UGUUAAUAUGGUCAAUAAACAAGGGCAGACCGCAUUAAUUUAUGCUGCGAAAUACGGUAACCUUGAACCUAUAAAACUCUUACUUGAAUACGGAGCUGACAUUAAUCAAACUGAUUUCGAAGGAAAUACAGCGCUGCAUUAUGCUGCAGCCUGGGAACGAUUCGAUGCUGUUACUAUAUUAAUUGAAAGGGGAUGUCAAUUUGCUGUUAAAAACCAUUCUGGUUGGACAGCACUGGAUUAUUCAUAUUCUAUGGAAUUAAAAUCACAUUUACAAGAAUGUGCACUUUCGCAUCACGAAGAAAGCAAAAUUAACAGACGGCGGGCACAUCUUAAAAUCAAUGUAGAUUCAUUGAUAUCUAUUGAUUCAAUACCAACUACCGUUCGUUCUGCCACAUAUCCACCAGGAAGACCAAGUGGCGAAUUAUUUGAUAGUGCACCUAACGAGUCUUAUCCCAAUGAAAAUUUGUCACCGAAUGUUAUUAAUCCGGUCAAACGUAAAGAAUCUUUACCAUGGUGA